AUGCUUAGACGAUGUUUCAACCGGUACGGCUUAUUUCGAAAUUCCAGGAGAUUUAAACACAAUGUGAUAGGAAUUGAUCUAGGGACGACCAAUUCAGCUGUUGCGAUAGUAGGGCCUGAUAACCAGUCGCGUAUUUUGGAAGAUGACGAGGGUAGAAGAACUACGCCUUCAGUAGUAGCUUUUGAAGGUAGCGACAAGAAUAAGAAGCUCAUUGGCGUUUCGGCAAAACGGCAAGCUGUUCUAAAUCCAAAGAACACCUUCUUUGCUACUAAGAGACUAAUUGGAAGGAAAUUCGAUGACCCAGAAGUACAAAGGGAUUUACAGAAUGUACCAUAUACUAUAGUCCCCGACAAGCAAGGUGAUGCCAUAUUGGAGUUGUCAAGUGGUGAGCAAAUAAACCCAUUAAAGAUUGGAGGCUUUAUUUUGCAGAGAAUGCGUGAAAUAGCAGAGGACCAUUUGGGAGAGAAAAUUGAUCGAGCAGUGGUAACAGUACCUGCUUAUUUCAACGACAACCAAAGACAAGCAACUAAAAGUUCCGGAAAAUCUGUUGGACUAGAUAUACUUCGGGUAAUUAAUGAGCCGACAGCAGCAGCUUUGGCGUAUGGUUGUGAUAAAUCGAGAGAAGAUGGCAUUAUUGCUGUUUUUGAUUUCGGUGGAGGAACCUUUGAUGUAUCCAUAUUAGACAUAGAAAACGGAGUUUUUGAAGUGAGAGCAACAAACGGCAAUACCCAUUUGGGAGGAGAAGAUUUCGAUGUAGUUUUAUUGAAUCAUAUUGUCAAUGAUUUCAAACGCAAAUAUGGUGUGGACCUUUUCAGAGACCAGUUGGCUGUACAGCGUAUUCGGGAAGCAGCUGAAGAGGUCAAGAUUGAACUAUCCAAGGUUCACGAAACGGAAAUCAAAAUACCAUUUAUUUAUAAAGACAAGCACAUAGACAUGAAAUUGAGCCGCGAUGAAUUUGACAAAAUGACUCUUGCAUUGAUUGAGAAAGUGAUUGAGCCCGUUAGGAGGUGUGUUAGAGAUGCCGACUUGAAGAUGAAGGAUAUUGACGAGAUAUUGUUAGUAGGCGGUAUGACGAGGAUGCCAAAGAUAAGAGAAGUUGUUGCUGAACUUUUUGGCAAAGAACCAAGCACUGCUGUCAAUCCCGAUGAGGCGGUAGCGAUUGGCGCAGCAAUACAAGGUGCCGUGUUAUCGGGACAGGUGAAAAAUGUGGUACUACUAGACGUGACGCCGCUAUCACUAGGAAUUGAGACUUAUGGUGGUAUUUUUAGCCCAUUGAUUCCUCGAAAUUCUGCCGUGCCUAUUAAAAAGGAGCAGAUUUUCUCCACAGCUGUAGAUGGGCAAACUGGAGUAGAAAUUCGAGUUUAUCAAGGAGAGAGAAUGUUGGUCAAGGACAACAAACUAAUUGGACAUUUCAAAUUGUCGAAUAUACCCCCUGGACCCAAGGGAACGCCGCAAAUCGCGGUUGAGUUUGAAAUUGAUGCGGACGGAAUAAUAAGCGUGAGUGCUACCGAUAAAACACCAUAUUCCAAAGACUCGCCCCAUUAUGGAAAACCAAAUACCGUAUCAAUACAAGUAACCGAAAUUGGAUUAACUGAUUCGGAGAUUGAGAAAAUGAUCCAGGAAAGUAAACAGAACAAAGUCAAUGACGAAGAGAUGCGUAAAUACUUUGAGCAUGCGUCGAGGGCCGAAAUAUUAUGUACAGACACCGAUCUUGCAUUAAUUCAAUUCGGGGACCAAAUGGAAGGCACCGAAAAGAACUUGAUCAGAGAGGAUAUUAAAAGGAUUAAGACAAUGAUUGAUGAUAUUAGAAGUGGUCACAAAUUGCACGAUCCAAAAUUGUUGAAUCAAGCAUUGAACGAAAUGCAAGCAAAAUGCAUGGAAGCAAUUAAGAAGGUGGCAAUAAGGCAACAACAAGAACAAGAACAAGAACAAGAACAAGAAAAACAAAAACAAGACAGUAAAUAG